AUCAAAGGCGGAGAGCCCACCGAUAUCCGAUGACGACGUGAGCGCAGCGAUUGAUGUGGAAACGCUGAGGCAGUCUGUCGAGCGGGAGUAUACGCACAGGGUCGACUCCCUUGAGAUGACCUACGAGGGACCUGCUCCGGAUAUGACCGACGACUCUCGAACCGUGAAGACGCUCUUGGAACUCCAGGAUGCGCUCGACUCCUGCCAACACUGUGUGCAGAGUCUGCGUGAAUUAUUCAGCGUGGGUAAAUCAACGGUGUCUGCGAGCUGUUUGGACAACAUGAUCUCAAAUCUAAGAGCGCUCUCCCUUCGAGAGACGCUAGAGACCCUGAUGGGCGCCAUACGGCUCGAAAUCAGUGGAUCGCAAAUAUUGGAAAUCUAUAAGAGUGCCCAGGACCUCCAACUCUCAGGAGUGUUGUAUGAGACGAUGCUGGAGAAAACUUGUCUCUAUGCGACGUUCAUACCCGAUCACUGCUCGACGUUACCAUUCGAUCUCCUGCUGAAGCUAUUGAGAGACGAUGAACUCAACGUCUCCAGUGAGGACGAUGUUUUGGAUCUCGUUGAAAAGAGCAAGUCUCGAGAUGCACGGGAGCUCAAUGAAUUGAUCUCGUGUAUCCGUUUCCCAUUCCUGACUUGUUCGGCCUUCGAUGCUCUGAUUGAACGUUUCCCGGAAGCUUCUCGUUCCCAGGGAUAUCAGAUUUGCAAGAAAUCAAUUGAUUGGCUGAAGGACAUGCCGAAGGAGCAACUCACCCGAAGGAGACACUAUGUCAGCCAUCUGCACCUUCUGCUGCACGAAGAUUCCAUAGGCGACUCCGAAUGGGAAAAACUCGCGGUGUCGUGUUUAUGGGGGAGUGAGGCGACCGACGCUGUAUCGUCGACUCUUAAAGGAGAGCCCCAGAGUGUAGUUGAAGCCCGGAGCCGAUGUGUAGUGCUCCCGCAGAAAGUUGUGGUCGGUGCGAGCUCGGGGAGCGAAUUGUGGGCAUGGAUCAUCGAUACAUCCUCGGGCUCUAGUUUGGCAUCGCCUUCAGAGAAGCAUAUCCAUCCGGACUUGACCGGAGCUGAGUUCGUGGAUGCUUCCGAAACUGACGAAGGCCAGGUCCUCGUCUCGUGGCGAAGAACUUCGGACGAUUCAUACCAUUUGGGGGUUUUGAGCUCCAUUGACAAGAUGGAGCCCAGCUGUGAGGAGAUUGAUUUGCCUCCGACGGUUGGAGGUCUUCGAAGUACAUUGUACGGAGAUCUCGUGAUUAUACUGAGCAAGACGCAACUAAUUCUCUUCGAUAGAGCGACGCAAGUGAAGUCGGUCUACGAUUCGCCUGCGAGGUCUUCGUCUAGUUUCUUAGACUUGAUCGUGAUCUCUACCGACUCGAAGAAACGCAUCUACGUUUUCGAUCGUAGGACUGUGAUCGGCAGCGAGCCCCCUGAGCUACCUCACGUGGAUCUGCUUCUCGUGUUCGAUUUGGAUCGCUUGGAAUGGGAAAGAGACUCAUGGACGCUAGAAUUGGAACAAGGUGGCAGAUCGUGCAUUCUACCAUCUAACGGGCUGGCGCUCUUCGAGUAUCGCGGUAACGUUGGGAUUCUUGCUGAAUUGACCGAAGGAUGUGGUAUCCGAAACAAGAUUAUUUUGGUACAUGACAGCGACAGGGAUCAAUUCACCGAGGAUGUGGCCGAUAUUCCGGCCGUCACAGAUGAAGGACUUGGCCUGCGAGAGGUUCUAGGUCUGAUUCCGACAGACAUGAACCCGUGUGCCCACGAAAGUGUUUUCAGCCGAUAUUGCCGCACAAAUUCAAGCUCACAACAAUUGAGAGAACUGAGGAAACUAGCUGAAUAAAUUUGAGAA